AGAGAACGCCCACAACGUGUUGUUCGGGGCUGCUUAAGAAAUCUAGUAGCCCCUUUCUGUACACUAGUUUGAUCAGACUGUAUAAAAGCACCGGUAAUUUUAUUUUAGAUUCCUCAGCAAUGGACAACAUCAAAGAAGGGUGGUUCACCGAAACGUGCACAUUAUGGCCUGGUCAAGCGAUGAGUCUUCAAGUGGAGGAAGUGUUGUAUCAUAAAAAAUCUAAUUUCCAGGAUGUGAUGGUUUUUAAAAGUAAAACAUAUGGAAAUGUGCUGGUUUUGGAUGGAGUCAUCCAGUGCACAGAGCGGGAUGAAUUUUCUUAUCAGGAAAUGAUUGCAAAUCUACCUCUCUGCUGCCACCCUUGCCCCAAGAAGGUUCUCAUCAUUGGUGGAGGAGAUGGUGGUGUCUUGAGAGAGGUGGUAAAGCAUCCACUGGUUGAGUCGGUUGUUCAGUGUGAGAUCGAUGAGGAUGUAAUAAAUGUCUCCAAGAAGUACCUCCCUGGAAUGGCGAAGGGUUUCUUUAGCCCCAAGCUUACUCUGAAUGUAGGUGAUGGAUUUGAAUUCAUGAAGCAGAAUCAGGAUGCCUUUGACAUCAUCAUCACAGACUCCUCAGACCCUGUUGGUCCAGCUGAAAGCUUGUUCAAAGAGUCUUACUAUCAACUCAUGAAAACUGCACUGCGCGAGGGAGGAAUUCUGUGUUGUCAAGGAGAGUGUCAGUGGUUGCAUUUGGAACUAAUUAAGGAGAUGCAAACCUUCUGUAAGACACUCUUUCCUGUAGUAGAUUACGCCUACUGCACCAUUCCAACAUAUCCGAGUGGCCAAAUCGGCUUCAUGCUCUGCAGUAAAAAUCCAAAAACAAAUUUCCGUGAACCAGUACGAGAACUAACAAGAGAUGAGAUUGAGAUCAUGGGCCUGAAAUAUUACAAUCCAGAAAUCCACCUUGCUGCAUUUAUCCUCCCAGAAUUUGCCAGAAAGGUAUUAAGUGAAGCGUAAAUGGCUUUAUGAAUGCCAUUUUGUAUCACGCUGCCUUCUGUGAAAGCAGAACAAAACCCUCACCGCAACUGUAGUACCACCCACUCCGGAUCACUUUCCAGCCUCUGCUCUCUGACUGACUGAUUGGUCAAUGAUCUGUUUCAAGUGGAAAUGCCUUCUGUGGGAAAUUCUCUUUAUUUCUGUCUGGUCCCAUCAGUACGUUUAAGUCUUAUGAGUUGUUUUGUUUCCUGUUACAAAGCCACUACCCACAUCAAUCUGACAUAUACAAAUGUAGACAAUCGGUGCAUGUAUUGUGACAGAUUCCACAGUCUAUUCAUGUUGUAACAGAAAUUAUGUAAUGUAGCACCAUAGGUCUCUAGCUUGGCAUUACUCACUCAAUUUAAUAAGCAUAUUUUAAAUCACAAUCUAAUGGAAGGGAAAUCUCAUAAGUUCUCAUAAGCAUUUCUAUUGUUGGGAAUCAACAGAACCAGAGUAUCAGCAUGUCUCUUCGGUAAACCUUUUCAAAGACUUUCAGGUCAGUGAUAAUUGUACAUAUUUUGUAAACAUGCAUUGUAACGGUUGCAUUUAUGGGUCAGUUUGUCAUCAGUAAACAGUUUUCAACUAAAUAGAAUACUGAAAUAUAAGCAGGCCCAAGUGGUUUACAGCAAUCGAUUUAACGGCGGCUCUCCCUCUCAAACUGUAAGUCAUUUCCGUAAAGGUGGCAUUGGGGUCUUGUUUUCAUUAAUAGUUAUGGAACUCUGGUUACAUGAGUCAUGGUUGCUUGACGUGGUUUAUAUAGAGCAAAUAGCUGUUUGGUAUGCAGCUUUUUGAAAGAUGUGCUAUCAUGUAUCUAUUACAAAUGAAUGCUUUGAAUGGAAUCUGUGGGUGGAACAGUUUUUGGGGUUACUUUUUAACGUGAAAUGAAAUGUCAUUUAAGUGUACUGGAAGUCUCAAGAUAUUGUCUUAAUACUGAACAUGGUUAUGGAUUAUGGAUGGAAUAGGAAUAUUAGCUAUACAUCAAGAUGAACUGAUGAAACUUUUUGCUGAUCAUGAUCAUAUGUCUUUUAAGUCUAGUUGCAUAGGCAACAGCAUUUUGUACUCUGUUGUGUUUUACUGAAUGGAAGGGUUUAUCUGUCCUUUUACCAUUUCCUGCUCAUGAUGUAAAUUUCAUUUUGUGAAUUUCAUAAAUUCUUUUGAAAUAAUAACAAAAGCAU